AUGAAAAAAAUUGAUUACAGUGAAAUAGAAAGAUAUUACAAAGAAUUUGUUGAAACACCAACACACAAGUUAACAGAAGAAAUGAGAAAAGAAAUGUUUUCAAGUAUUCAAAAGGUAAAAAGAGAAGACAAAGAGAAGAAUAAAUUUACAUAUAUCAUAACACAAACAGAAAGUUUUAUAAGUGCGUCAAUAAGUUAUGUUGAUAACAAGUUUGAUAAACAUAGAUAUUUUCUUGGAUUUUAUAGAUGUACAGAUGACCCAAUUCAAGUAAUGAAAAGUGUUUUAAAAAAAUUUAAAAUUCCACAAGAAAAUCAAUCAGUUUUAGUUGUUGAUCAACAAAAUUUAGAAAAAUAUCCAAUAACAAAAGAUAAAUCAAAAGGAGAAGUAAUAAUUACGUGGUAUUCUAUGUAUCAAAACAUUUUAAAACAAAAAUUAAGAAUUAAUUUAAAACAAUUAGAUUUUACUGAUAUUACUGAAACAAAUCUAACUGAUAAUGUAGAUGAUUUCUUUAAUUAUAUUUCUUUAUUAAAAAGUGUUGAAGGAGAUUUAUUUCAUGUUAGUAAAUUAACUAAUUGUAAUCAGUUUGAAAAAAAAGCUGGAUUGUUAAGAAAUAAUAUUAGACAUCAGUUAUUAUCAAAUAAUAUUACUUGGAUUAAUAAAGCGUUAUUUUUUCAUCCUGAACAUCACCAUUGGCUGAAAAUUAAUUUCUCAAAAGCCUUUGAUAAUAUUAUUAAAGAAUAUGAUUUAGAUAAAAAUGAAGUUGAUUUAUAUAUUCAUGAUAAUGACCCUUUUAAAAGUUGGACUUUAUGGUGGAAAGAAAAAAGAAACACUUAUCCUUCUUUAUCAAAUAUUGCUAGAGAAUUUAUUCCCAUGGAAGACUUUCUUUUGAGUAAUCUCUAUCUCGAGAAAUAUUAUCAAAUUCAUAAUCUUUAUCAUAAAUGGUCUGUUGAUGGAAUUAGUUUUUGUUUAUUAAAAAAACAAUUCAUUAAAUUUAAAUCUUUACUUCAUCAAAAUAUUCCUCCUUCAAAUGAAUUAAAAAGUUGUCAUCCCACUAUUAUUCCUCAUCCUAUUCUAACACAAAUUAACCAGCAAAAUCAGUCCAUUGUUCCUAAUCAAAGUACUAUGAAACUUUCUUCUUCUCAUGGACCAUUUAGUCCUCUUUCUAUAUCUCAUGAUUUAUCUAAUCAUCUUAAUGAAUCAAUUCCUCAAAAACAACAAACAGAUACUUCUAUUACUAAAACUAAUAUUCAACAAAAUCAAAUAUCACCUCAAAUAUUUAUUCCACAAAUAAAUAAUUGUAAAUCUCUUCAGUUAUCUAUUCAACAACCAUUUUUAAAUGAAAAAGAAAAAACUAUUCCAUUAUUUAAAAAAGGUUGUAUGGGUAUAGACCCAGAAACAUCAAUAACAGAAUUAUUACCAAGUAAUGAAAUUGAAAUUGACUUAUCACUUUCUGAAGAAGACAUCAAUUCAAAAUUACCAAAAACACCAGAAACAAUUAAAUGUUCAGAGGAUAGAAUAAAAAAACCAUCAAGAAGAGUAGAAACAAAUAAUUAUUUAUAUAAAGAAGUAUUAGAAAAAAGAUUAAAAGAUUUUAUUGAAAUAUAUAACAAAACACUUGAUGAAAUUGUAUUAAAAAGAAUAAAAGAAAUUAAAGAAGAAUUAAACGAUAAAUAUUCAAUAAUUGAUUUAACAAAAGAAAUAAAAGAAAAAGAUGAAAUUAUCGAAAUUGAUUAA